UACAAAAGAUUAUAAAAUAAAUAUAAAAUAAAUAUAAAAUAAAUAUAAAAUAAAUAUAAAAUAAAUAUAAAAUAAAUAUAAAAUAAAUAAAAAUAAACGCUGUCGAGUAGAACGUUAAGCUUGCUUGUAGUAAAAAAGGAUACAUAUACUAGAGACGAGCAGCUUUACCCAACAUGGCGCGGGAUAACAAGAACCAGAACAACAACAAUAAUAACAACAAGCAGCCGACGACGGCACAGCUCGACGAGGUCAAGGAAGCCGUGCGCAAGCUCCUGCACCAGCCGGACUACGACGACGGCUCGGCGGGCCCCGUCCUGGUGCGUCUGGCGUGGCACUCGGCGGGGACGUACUGCGCGGCGACGAACACGGGGGGCUCGAACGGCGCGGGGAUGCGGUACGAGAAGGAAGGCGGGGACCCGGCGAACGCGGGGCUGCAGCACGCGCGCGCGUUCCUCGAGCCCCUCAAGGCCCGGUUCCCCUGGAUCACCUACGCGGACCUGUGGACGCUCGCGGCCGUCGUCGCGAUCCGCGAGAUGGGCGGGCCGGACGUCGCGUGGCGAGGGGGCCGCACGGAUUUCGCCGACGACAGCAAAGUGCCCCCGCGCGGGAGGCUGCCGGACGGCGCGCAGGGCGCGGCGCACCUGCGCGCCGUGUUCCACCGCAUGGGCUUCGACGACCGGGAGAUCGUCGCCCUGUCCGGCGCGCACAACCUCGGCCGGUGCCACGCCGACCGCUCCGGCUUCCACGGCAAGUGGGUGAACAACCCGACGCGCUUCUCGAACCAGUACUACAAGCUGCUGCUGGCCAACGACUGGAAGACGACGACGCUGCCCAACGGCGUCACGCAGUUCGCGUACGUCGAGGAGGACGAUGACGGCGAGGACGCGACGGCGGAGGAGAACGGCGAGAAGCCCGAGGGCCUGAUGAUGCUGCCGACGGAUAUGGCGCUGCUGUCGGACCCGGGCUUCCGCCCGUGGGUCGAGCGGUACGCGGCGGACAAGGACCUGUUUUUCGAGCACUUCGCCGGCGUGUUUGCGAAGCUGUUCGAGCUGGGCAUCAAGCGGGACGCGAGCGGGGCGGUGAUCAACGAGGAGAAUGUUCAGGAGGGGUAUAAGAGCGCGCCGAAGAAGAGCGACACGGCUACGGCGCCGGGAGAUCAGGGCCCGGGCCAGAUCGGCCACGAGGCGCGCGCGUUGAAGGAGGAGAACGAGAAGGCGCGUAAGAGGAAGGAGGGCGCGAAGUUGUAAACGGGAGUUGGGAUGGCUUUUCCUUUUGCAGAUUAGACGUGGUGCCAUAGAGCUGAGGUUGUAAAUAUACCUCCUACCUAUAGACUAGAGUAUAUGUUGGCACCUGCCUAUAGACGGACAGACAGACAGACAGGGCGGGGGGUAAAUAUUUGGGAAAUCACAGAAUAGAUCAUAAU